GUGCUGUCUGUACUUUCGUAUGUGUGCUGGACGAGACAAGGCCGUUGUAUGGGAGAUUUUUCUCUCUGGAAAGGGCCAUCACAAACCACCAUGUCCAGUCCUGAGAAGCAGCCGGCGGCCGGCGGCGGCGGCCAAGAUGCCAUUGACCUGGUCGGCGAGCACGACAACACCCACGGCGGGCAACCCAUUGCGAGCGCCAGCGCGCCGCAACCCCAACAUGAAACCUCGAUCGAGACGGAUGCAUCAGCGGCUCAUGAGCCCAGCUCGUCCUCAUACUCGUCCAACGACGAGCGGACAUUUCAGCCGCUCCAUCGCUUGGAAAGCGCACGAAUGAUUGAGAAUCAGGAUAGGGACGAGCUGGUCCGAAUCGCCACCGCCCUGUCGCGCAGACGGUCUAGCAUUGGCGGUGGCGACCAACCUCGCUUGACGCAGGUACUCACAGGAACGGAGGCGUACGAGUCCUCACUGGACCCCGAACACAGCAGCUUUGACAUCUCCAAGUGGCUCCGUCGCUUCGUCGACCAGCUCCAGGCGGAGGGAGUCGAGGCUCGGCGCACCGGCGUCGCUUUUCGGAACCUCGACGUCUUCGGCUCCGGCUCGGCGCUGCAGCUCCAGCAGACGGUCGGCUCCUACCUGCUGGCCCCGGCGAGGCUGGGGGAGCUCUUCAGCUUCGGCAAGAAGGAGCCCAAGCAGAUCCUGCAUGGCUUCGAGGGCGCCGUCAAGAGCGGCGAGCUUCUCGUCGUGCUGGGCCGUCCCGGAUCCGGCUGCAGCACCCUGCUCAAGACUCUCUGCGGCGAGCUCGAAGGGCUCGAGCUCGGCUCCAAGUCGGUCAUCCACUACAACGGCAUCCCGCUCAAGCAGAUGCAGCGCGAGUUCAAGGGCGAGACCGUCUACAAUCAGGAAGUCGACAAGCACUUCCCGCACCUCACCGUCGGGCAGACGCUCGAGUUUGCCGCCUCGGUCCGGACCCCCUCCCACCGCAUCCAAGGCAUGUCCCGCGCCGAGUACUGCCGCUACAUCGCACAGGUCGUCAUGGCCGCCAUCGGCUUGAGUCACACGUACAACACCAAGGUCGGCAACGACUUCAUCCGCGGCGUGUCUGGCGGCGAGCGCAAGCGUGUGAGUCUCGCCGAGAUGGUCCUGGCUGGCAGCCCGUUCGCCUGCUGGGACAACAGCACGCGAGGGCUCGACUCGGCGACGGCCUUCAAGUUCGUGCAGUCUCUGCGCCUCAUCUGCGACGUUGGCGACCAGACCAACUGCGUCGCCAUCUAUCAGGCCAGCCAGUCCAUCUACGACCUCUUCGACAAGGCCACGGUCCUCUACGAGGGCCGGCAGAUUUACUUCGGCCCGGCUAGCCAGGCGAAGCGCUACUUCGAGAAGCAGGGCUGGCACUGUCCCCAACGGCAGACCACGGGCGAUUUCCUCACCUCAGUCACGAACCCGCAGGAGAGACAGGCGCGCGAGGGCUGGGAGACCAAGGUCCCGCGCACGCCGGAGGAGUUUGAGCGAUGCUGGCGCCAGUCGCCCGAGUACCAGGCCAUGAAGUCGGAGAUGGACGACUACGACAAGCUCUACCUGCACGAGCAGCAGCACGAGAGCGUGGCCCAGUUCCGCGAGCAAAAGAAUUACCGCCAGGCCAAGCAUGUCCGACCCAAGUCCCCCUACAUCAUCAGCACCUGGAUGCAGAUGCGCCUCCUGAGCAAGCGCGCGUACCAGCGCAUCUGGAACGACAUAUCUGCCACCCUCACGCAGAUCCUGUCGCUCCUGUUCAUGUCUCUCGUCAUCGGCUCCAUCUUCUUCGGCACCCCCAACGCGACUGUCGGCUUCUACUCCAAAGGAUCCGUCUUGUUCAUGGCGAUUCUUCUCAACGCCCUGACGGCAAUCUCGGAAAUCAGUGGCCUGUACGAGCAGCGCCCCAUAGUCGAGAAGCAAGCUUCGUACGCCUUUUACCAUCCCGCGUGGGAGGCAGCAGCCGGCAUCUUGGCGGACAUACCCGUCAAGUUCUGCACAGCCGUCGUCUUCAACGUAAUACUGUACUUCAUGUCAGGGCUUCGACGAGAAGCCGGCCCGUUCUUCCUCUAUUUCCUCAUUUCCUACAUGACCGUCUUCGUCAUGAGCGCCAUAUUCAGGACCAUGGCUGCCGCGACAAGGACGAUUUCGCAGGCAAUGGCCUUGUCUGGAGUCUUGGUCCUCGCCCUCGUCAUCUACACUGGCUUCGUCAUUCGAGUACCAGACAUGCACCCUUGGUUCGCGUGGAUUCGAUGGAUCAACCCCAUCUUCUACGCCUUCGAGAUCCUCGUCGCCAACGAGUUCCACAACCAAGAUUUUACCUGCUCAGCCAUCGUUCCCCCAUACUCGCCCCCUCUCGGAGAUUAUUGGGUAUGCAAUGCCGUCGGCGCUGUUCCCGGGCAAUUUACUGUCAGCGGAGACGCUUUUAUCGGACAAAACUACGAGUACUAUUACUCGCACGUCUGGCGCAACUUCGGUAUUCUCUGCGGCUUCCUCAUCUUCUUCAUGCUCAUGUACUUCUUUGUCGUCGAGAUCAACUCCUCAACCACCAGCACCGCGGAGACGCUCGUCUUCCAGCGCGGCCAUGUCCCGCAGUACCUGCUCACGGGUAAGGGAAAUGUUGUGCAAAACAAGGGUGUCCCUGCGGAGGAGGCCAAGAAGGCAGACGAGGGCGUCUCGGACGUCAAGGGCCUGGAGCCGCAGAAAGAUAUUUUCACUUGGCGCAAUGUGGUCUACGACAUCGAGAUCAAAGGCCAGCCUCGCAGGCUUCUCGACCAUGUCUCUGGAUGGGUCAAGCCUGGAACCCUGACUGCGCUGAUGGGCGUGUCAGGCGCGGGAAAGACGACUCUGCUGGAUGUGCUCGCUGAGCGAACAACGAUGGGCGUCAUCACCGGCGACAUGCUGGUCAACGGUGAACCAAGGGAUGCGUCCUUCCAGCGCAAGACGGGAUACGUGCAGCAGCAAGAUCUACAUCUCGAGACGGCGACCGUGCGCGAAAGCCUCCGCUUCAGCGCCAUGCUUCGUCAGCCCAAGUCCGUGAGCAAGAAGGAAAAGUACGACUUCGUCGAGGAAGUCAUCAAGAUGCUCAACAUGGAAGACUUUGCCAACGCCAUCGUCGGCGUCCCCGGCGAAGGUCUCAACGUCGAGCAGCGCAAGCUCCUCACCAUCGGCGUCGAGCUGGCCGCCAAGCCCAAGCUGCUUCUGUUCCUCGACGAGCCGACGAGCGGCCUCGACUCCCAGAGCUCCUGGGCCAUCUGCGCGUUCCUCCGCAAGCUCGCCAACUCGGGCCAGGCCAUUCUCUGCACCGUCCAUCAGCCGAGCGCGAUCCUCUUCCAGCAGUUCGACCGCCUGCUCUUCCUCGCCAAGGGCGGCAAGACGGUCUACUUUGGUGACAUUGGCGACAACUCGCGGACGCUUCUCGACUACUUUUCGGCUAGAGGCGCGCGCAAGUGUGGCGACGAGGAGAACCCGGCCGAGUACAUGCUCGAGAUCGUCAACAACGGCACCAACAGCGACGGCGAACCUUGGGACAAGGUGUGGAACUAUAGCGACGAAGCGCAAGGCGUCCACGACGAGCUUGAUCGGAUCCACAACGAGAAGCUGAGCCACCGGAGCAGCGGUGCCACUGGUACCACUGGUGCCACAGCCUCGCACGAGGAUAGCCGCGAGCACGCCGAGUUUGCCAUGCCUUUUACGACCCAGGUCGUCGUGGUGACGCACCGCGUCUUCCAGCAAUAUUGGAGGAUGCCCAGCUACAUCUUCGCCAAGUUUGCCCUCGCCAUAUUCUCCGGCUUGUUCAUCGGAUUUACCUUUUUCAACGUCGACAGCACCGAAGCCGGCACGCAAAACGUCAUCUUCUCCGUAUUCAUGGUCACCACCAUCUUUACCACGCUCGUGCAACAGAUACAACCGCUGUUUCUCACCCAACGAUCGCUCUACGAGGUUCGCGAACGGCCAAGCAAAGCCUAUUCGUGGAAGGCCUUCCUCAUUGCCAACAUCCUCGUUGAGAUUCCGUGGCAGCUCGUUGCGGGUGUCCUCAUCUACGCCUGUUUCUACUACCCAGUCGUCGGCAUUCAAUCGUCACAGCGCCAAGGUCUUGUUCUCCUGUACAUCCUUCAGCUCCUGGUCUACGCCUCGGCCUUUGCCGACAUGACAAUCGUCGUGAUGCCAGACGCCCACACCGCAUCGUCCGUCGUCACGGUCCUCACCAUCAUGUCUAUUAUCUUCUCUGGCGUGCUCCAGACGGUCGACGCCCUCCCCGGUUUUUGGAAGUUCAUGUACCGCGUCAGCCCGUUCACGUAUUGGAUUGGUGGCAUCGUCGCGACGGAGCUUCACGGAAGACAAAUCACCUGCUCCCAGUCCGAACUGAGCAUUUUCAACCCACCCCCGGGGAAUACGUGCGCCCAAUACCUCAUGCCUUUGCAGGGGCGGGCUCCCGGACAGCUAAUGAACCCUACGGCAACGGAGCAGUGCAUGUACUGCCCCGUCACGAAUGCCGAUCAACUCCUGGCGGCUUCACGGAUCUACUGGGACGACCGCUGGCGAAACUGGGGCAUUUUCAUGGCUUACAUUGUCUUCGACAUCUUCGUUGCUGUUCUACUUUACUAUCUAUUCCGUGUGAGGAAGGUACACACGUCCUUCUCUAGCUUCAGCCUUCCGUGGUCGAAAAAGUCGAAGAAGGGGAGGUCAUGAGACUGGUCUCGAUUUGGCUGCAAUAUACAUAAGGGUGGUUUACAGGGGGACUGAUCAGGAUUCUCUAUAGGUUCGGCAACCACUGCCGAAAUAUUGAAGUAUGAAACUCUUGAUAUACUGCGAUAUAUAUCUUUUUUUACAUGGAAUAGUACUUGGCUAAGAUAAUAACGCCUCCUUGAGCGCUGUUAUAGUACGAUCAUAGUCGCGCUAGUGGUAGUAGAAUAGCCUUAGGCAGCUAAUACACCUUGGGGA